AAACACUUUGCCAUAAGAAGGUACUUCUUGUGGUUGAUGAUGUAAAUAAUUGGGAGCAACUACCUGCUUUAUGUGGAAGCCCUGAAUGGUUUGGUGAAGGGAGUAGAAUAAUCAUUACAACUCGAGAAUAUUAUUAUCUUAAGGCCUUUCAAGUGGACUGUGUAUAUAGCAUGAAACUUUUGAGCGAUCAUGAGUCUCUUCAACUUGUUGGUAGAAAAGCAUUUAAACAAGCAAGUCCUGAAGGAGAAUUCACUGAACUUAGCAGAAGAAUGGUUGCUUAUGCUGAGGGACUGCCACUAGCUCUUGAAGUCCUCGGCUCCUUUCUGUAUGGGCGGUCACAGAUGGAAUGGGAGUCGGUAUUAAUGAAACUAAGCACAAAUCCCCCUCCUAACAUAUACAACUCACUAAAGCUUAGCUUUGACUCUUUAGACAAUAAGGAAAAAGAAAUAUUUCUAAACAUAGUUUUAUUUUAUAUUGGGGAGGACAUGAAAGGCGUGAUAGAGAAGUUGGAUGGCCGUGGAUGUAAUGCUAGGAUUAGGAUGAAAGGCCUAAAGGAACGAAGCCUUGUAACCAUUGACAAGAACAAUAAACUUGGAAUGCACAAUCUGUUGCAGGUCAUGGGAAGACAAAUAAUACGUCGAAGUUCACAAAAUGAGCUUUCAAAUCGAGGUGGUCUUACCUGUGUUUUACGAUGUGGAUCCAUCAGAAAUUCGUCAUCAAACUUCUAGUUUUGGAGAAGCAUUUAAAGAGCUUAUACGAAGAAUUUCUCCACCAGAAUAUCAGGUUUCCAGGUGGAGGACAACCCUUGCUGAGGCUGGAGGCAUUGCAGGGAUUGUUGUACUUGGUUCCAGGAAUGAGAGUGAAGAAGUGAAAGUUGUUAUUGAGAAUGUUUGUAAUGUAUUAGACAAGAAAGACUUGUUUGUGGCCGACCACCCAGUAGGACUAGAUAAUCAUGUGCGAGAAGUGAUCACAAUGCUCCAAAGCCAUCAACCUGAAGAUGUUGUCAUGGUUGGGAUAUGGGGAAUGGGGGGCGUAGGCAAAACGACUAUUGCCAAAGCCAUUUAUAAUGAAAUUGGUCGCUCUUUUGAGAGUAGAAGCUAUCUUUCAAAGAUCAGAAAAGUUUGGGAUCAAAAGGAAGGCCAAGUGCGCUUACAGAAUCAACUUCUUUCUGAUAUAUGUAAGACAACAGAAAUGAAGAUAAAUAGCAUUGAAUCAGGAAAGAUCACAUUGAGGGAUAGACUUCCCCAUAAAAGGGCAUUGGUUGUGCUUGAUGAUGUGGAUAAGUUGGCCCAACUGAAUGCUUUAGUUGGAAGUCAUGACUGGUUUAAACUAGGAAGUAAAAUAAUCAUCACAACUAGAGAUAGACGUUUGCUUCUUAAAAGGGGUUGUGAUGUUUAUAUCGUGACGAAUUUAAAUGAAGGCGAAUCUAUUGAGCUUUUUAGUUGGCAUGCAUUUAAACAAGCAAGUCCCAAAAAAAAUUUCAAAGAGCUUUCUAGAAAUAUAGUAGCAUACUCAGGGGGACUUCCACUAGCUCUUGAAGUCCUUGGCUCCUAUUUAUUUGACAGAGAAGCAAAGGAAUGGAAGAGCGUAUUGGAGAAACUUAAAAAAAUUCCUGACAAUAAGAUACAGAAGAAGCUAAAAAUAAGCUAUGACGGUUUAGAUGAUUUGGAGAAAGAAAUAUUUCUUGAUAUAUGUUGCUUCUUUAUUGGGAUGGAUAGAAAUGAAGUAACACACAUAUUAAAUGGCUGCGAAUUUUUCGCUGACAUUGGAAUCAAAACUCUUGUGGAGCGAAGCCUUGUAACCGUUGAUGAGAACAACAAGCUUGGUAUGCAUGAUUUGUUGCGAGACAUGGGUAGAGAAAUAAUUCGUGAACAAUCUCAAAAGGAGCUUGGGAAGAGAAGUAGGUUGUGGUUUCAUGAGGAUGCAUGUGCUGUAUUAUCAGAACAGAUGGGAACAGAGGCCAUUGAAGGACUCGCUUUAAAGAUGUCACAAAGUGAAAAAAUGCAUUUUCAGGCAGAAGCAUUUAAGAUGAUGAGGAGACUUAGAUUACUGCAUCUUGAAGAUGUACAACUUAGAGGAGACUACCAAUACAUCAGUAGAGAUCUCAGAUGGCUUUGCUGGCAUGGCUUUCAUGUAAAAUACAUUCCUAGCAACUUUUAUCAACAGAAAUUAGUUGCUAUUGACUUAAAACACAGCAGCCUCAUACAACUGUGGAAGGAACCCCGGUUAUUGAAGAUGGUGAAGAUCCUCAAUCUAAGCCACUCACCUUGCUUGUCUCAAACUCCUGAUUUCUCAAAUCUACCAAAUCUUGAAUCGUUGAUCCUCAAAGAUUGUCCAAGUUUGUUCAUCAUACAUCAUUCUAUUGGGCUUCUUCAUAAACUUCUUUUACUAGAUUUGGAGGAUUGUAUUGGCCUUCGUAGUCUCCCAAGAAGCAUUUAUAGAUUAAAACGCUUGAAAACUCUCAUUCUUUCUGGUUGUAAGAAUAUUGAAAAGCUUGAGGAGGACAUAGAACAAAUGGAGUCUUUGACAACUCUAAUUGCUCCUGCAAUAAAAAAAGUGCCCUAUUCUUUAGUGAGAUUAAAAAGCAUUUUAUAUCUAUCUGUGUGCGGUCAUGAAGGAUUAUCACGUCAAGUGAUUCCUUCUCUUUGCCAGUCUUGGAUGUCCCCAACAAAUAAUCCACUACCUCUUAUUCCAUCCCCUGCGGGCAUGCCAUCAUCAAUUUUGUGGGAUAUGCUAAAGAGUAUCAGUGAUUCUCAAACAAUCCCAAGUAGUGUGCCAAAGCAAAGUCUUUUGUUGGAAGAUGGAUUGAAGAUUUCUGAUUCCUGUCUUUUGUUGGAAGAUGGAUUGGAGAUUUCUGAUCCUUUGUGUGCCACAAAUUGUGUGGACAUCUCGAGGCCUAAAAUUUGCUUGGAACAUCUUCUAAUUCAAAUUGGAAAGAAUUCUCAAGUCCUUUAUACACUUUCAAAGAAGAUUUCACAGGGAUUAAAUCUCACAGAGUGUGGUGAUGAUUGUAUUCUUCUUGGUGAUAAUUACCCCUAUUGGCUAACAUUUAAAGGUGAAGGAGCUUCUACAACUACUUUGCUCUACACGGAAGACAAACUGAAAUCCUUGGAAGAAGUAGAGAUGAAAGAGAUAAUAUCAAAUCUAGAAUGUGAUGACCAAGUGGAAGUGAAAGUAGUUUAUGGGAAUGGAUUCACUAUGAAGAAAACAAUCGUCUACUUGAUCUAUAAUGAGUCCUUUGAUGAACAGAUGGAGCCUUCAACAUCGGAAGCUAUAAAUUUAACUAGCACCAAACACAAAUGUGAGGAGGAGGAGGAGGAGGCACAUCAAUCUACCAGACCUAGAAAGGCAAUGAAGAUUUGA